GUGAACAUGCAGUAAGUUCCUCAUAUUAUACCAUAUCACUGAUUCGCUGGAAUACGGACGGAUGUCGGUGGUACAACCUCUUUGAGGCCCCUCUUCUAACUGACGUAUCUCGAAGAUGAAGUUGCUAAAGCCUGCUCAUGUGAAGAAUAUGACACUCAUGUCAUGUGGAGUAUUCAUCUUACUGCUCACCUUUCAUCAAGCUCGUUCUGCAGCCGGUGGUGUACUGAUUGUCCCCCUAGCCCCAAGUACCGUAGUCCAGCCUUCUCGUUUGGGCAUACCUCCCACAGGCCUAGGAGCAACUGGAAUGAACUUGGGCGCGGGACCCACGGUCAUGGGUUUGCCUGGAAUGGGUUCCAUGGGAAUGGGAUCUGUUGGCAUGGGCAACAUGGGCAUGCCUGCAACGGGCAGUGGUAUCGCCCAACAACCUCCUCCAGUGGUUUUGACUGACAGCGAGGGUGAAAAGAAAGUGGUGGGAAAAGUAAAUCCGCUCACCGGUACGAUAGUGCUCGAAGCCGACAAGCUGAAGGACAGCCUCGGUCAGGUUGCAGCUGAGGAGCCGCCAGCACCGCCUGAAGAAGAUCCGGCUGAGUGAGGCAACGAGGAGGCCUAAUCCUACUUCAUAUUUUACUUUAAUGAAGAUGGUGCUAAAAAGAGAUAUCCUUGAUAGUAUGGCUUCCAGCAUAUAAAUGAUACCAUGUGCCAAUACAUAUGUUUGUCCAGAAUAUGCGU